AUGGAGGCGGAAAGAGCAAAGAAUGAGAUUGAUCAACACGACAAGGAUUACGAAGAAGCGAAACGGCAGAUACAGCGGCUGUGUCCAGACGGCAUCUGUGUCGAGGCAGAGGAUCUCAUUCUUUGGGAGUUCAGAGGACUAGAACAGACAUAUGCAGAGGCACAGCUCAAACCCGACACUAAGACACUGUGCGAACGCUGCCCUUGGAGGCUGGACGAAAGGUUUUAUGAUAGACAUUUGUCGUCAGAUCAGCACGCAAGUUGUGUCACCCGAGUCAACUUGGAGAGACACUGGUUAGAGUUGGCAUACCAACAAUCCCGCGCCGAUGCCCUCGCUCAUUGCGCUCGAAGCGACAAGAAUCUCCUCCCCCCUGCCUCGUUCGAGACCAUCGCGAGUAUCUACAUUGCCGAUUAUGAAAGUAAAUAUCACGGGUGGAAGAUUGAGGAUAUCAAAAAGGCUUUGUCUGGUGACAUUGGCGAUGAAGCCCUUCUAGAGCUCUGGAGCCGAUUAGAGGUUCUGGUGGAGCCUCGUUCUUCUUCUGAUGACAGACUGUACGACUAG